GAAUCCUUCCCAGCAUGAAUCUCUCUCAGCAUGAACCCUCGACUCCGACAACUCCCGCUCGGUCACAGCUUCACUCCUCCGCGUCCACGCCAAUGACCAACAAGGACGCGGCCGACGUGGUGAAUCAGCUCAAAUACAAGAUCAAGCGGAACGAGCAACGGGCACGUUCGAACCAUCGCGCCGACGACGGGACUUCUGCCGCUUCGACACCGUUGGACAGACCGGCCGGGAGAGAAGGUGCGGGAUCGGUGGAAGCGUUGGCAUCGGCGGCGGAACACGACAAUGAACACUCAACGCGGCGGAGGAGGAGCAAGAAGACGCAGAAAGAUGGGCUGAGGGAGGACGAUGGUACUGGGAGGAAGAAGAAGACUCAAGGCGAUGGGUUGAGGGAGGACAGGGAUACUGGGAGGAAGAAGAAGACGCAGGACGAUGAGCUGAGGGAGUACGAUGACACUGCAAGGAAGAACACACUGGGAGUCGGCACCGACAUCAGCCUCCGCUACAGCAGAAGCAAUACCCUCCUCUCACAUUGCCGCCACCAAAGCCCGACUUCACCAGCGUUCAACAUCAGUCACGACAAGAGCCGCCAGCAGAUCGACCUCGAGCGCACGACGGCCAGCAG